GCUUCGGUACCUGCUGGGCCGGCUCGGCCCGGCGGUAGAAGAGAGUCUGGCCUUCCACCGUGACGGUGCCCUCGGGCAGUGGAGAUGCCGCUCGCCCGCAGCCGCCUGGGGCUCCUGCUUCUCGGGGCUCUCCUCACAUUCGUCGUCUACCUCCUGCUCCCGGCUGCCCACCAAGAGCCAAAUGUGGCCGGCGCCCGGCCUGCCCCGGAGAAACAGGGCCGGCUGGCGGCCAAUGUCACCGUGCACGUAGGGACAGUGUCGGGAGAGCCCCCCGUCUUCUACAGGGAGGCUUUGGCAGGGCCCCAAGCCAGCGGUACCGCCAGCCCCGGGAGGCUUGAUGUCCUGUUCCUGCAUGGCCAGGCGUUCACCUCCAAGACGUGGGAGGCCUUGGGCACGCUGGCACUGCUCGCUGGAGAAGGCUACCGUGUGGUUGCAAUAGAUCUGCCUGGCUAUGGGAAUUCGCCUCCAUCAGAGAUAGUGUCCAAGGCACAGGGCCGUGUGGCUUUCCUGGACUAUGUCUUCCAGGAGUUGGGCAUGCAAAGGCCCAUUCUCGUCAGCCCUUCUAUGAGUGGCCGCUUUGCUCUGCCCUUCCUUCUGAUCCGGGGGGAACACCUGGCUGGAUUUGUGCCCGUGGCACCUGUGGGCACCAAGGACUACACUGCUGAGCAGUACCAGCAGGUCCAGACGCCCACCCUGAUCAUGUAUGGUGACCGUGACACAACCCUGGGUCCCCAGGCCCUGCAGAGCCUGCGGCACCUCCCCAGGCACCGCGUGACCAUGGUGCCCAACGCCGGCCAUGCCUGCUACCUGGAUAAGCCAGAGGAAUUCCACCAGGCCCUGUUGGGCUUCCUGCGCCAGCUAAAGUGAGCUGCCGAUCAAAGGACAGAGACCGGGGUGUCCCAAGGGACUGGGAGGUGCUGGUGGCUGGCACGAGGGAUGCUCUGUUCUUUAGGAGUGUCCCUAGGGUGGUGGGGGGCGGGACUGAGGCUGUCCCUUGCUGUCAGUACAGGGUGUCAUCUGUAAUGAGGUCAAUAAACUCAUGCUGCUCUGGU